AUUCAGAAAGAAAUCUAAAAAUUCCAUUUUUCAAUAAUAUGUAAAAUAACAAUAGUUUUUCUGAUUUAAAUAAAGGCAAACUAUAAAAUAAUAAUAAUAUAUAUUAUGAGUAAUACAGCUAAGAAUUUGACAUAAAUAAUAUGAAUAUUAAGGCUAAGGAAUGAGAAUUCAACAAAUCCAAUGAUUCUCUGCAUCCCCAAUGAGCAAGCUUUGUUUUUAUUUAUUUUUAUUUUAUUUUUGACAUUGGGUCACUGUGCACUGAAUUAUUGCCUGCUAAUGGGGAGGCAGAAACUACAAAUCAGAACCCUCAUGAAGACAAAGUCCCAGAUCUAGAUUAACUCAGAAGCAACAAAAUAUAAACUAUUGAGUUUCUCCAUUGAACUGUAUUUUCCAUAGGAUGUAACUGUGUCCCUGCAGUUCUACAAAUGACCUGUGGUGCAGCAACACGCCUCAGCUGAGUCUAAUCUGCCGCUAAUUUCACCAGAAGAAGACGACGAAAACCCGCGAAGAAGAAAUAUGUCAACAACAAGACAACUUCUUGACGGUGUAAAGUGAGAUUUAUAGUUGAAUAAUGCAUUAAAAACUACAUUUAAACCGCGGAGAGACUUACGAACAUGUCGAGGCCGGAGAUGCUGGAGGGUCGGAUCCGAGCCGUGAUGGAGACGGUGGCGGAGGCGGCCGUGGCGGACCUCCGGAGGCUGCUGGAGGAGAGCUCGGCUGUGGCCGCUCAGCAGCGCUCUGCUGCGGCUACGGCGGCCGAAGAGGAGAGCAGCCAGGUGGCCUCACCGGAGGACCGGAGGCACUUUAACGAGCGUUUAACGAACCAGUUUGCAUCCCUCAUGAAAACCUGGACCAGAGGAGCAGUGGAGAAAAUCUCAAUGAUACUGAAAAUGUCGAGGUGUGAAGCUGAGGACGUUCCUGCUGCAGAGCAGACAGCUGGACUGGAUGGUGAGACGGAAGAGACGAGAACGAAUCCAGAACAAGGACAAAUCACUGAACACACAAAAAUUGAUGCAGUCUCACACGAGGAGAAAAACUCUCAACCUGAAGCUGUUUUAACGGAGCUGACGCCUGAUGCAGCCUCCGACAGUGAUGAAGAUACUGUCCAGGAGGACACAAACCCUGCAAGCACCUCAUCAAAGAUCAAAAAGAAAGCGACUGCAGGUCCAUUUAAAUGUCCCUCUUGUGACAAAACCUUUACUCUGAAGUGUCUCAUGGACAGACACUUCCUGAAUCACUCCAGACCUCACCUCUGCUCGGAGUGCGGCAAACGUUUCGCCGUUCUCCGGACACUCAUCGCACAUUCAAGAAGACACACUGGAGAGAAACUGUACAAAUGCUCCCUGUGUGGGACGGAGUUUGCUUACAAGUCGACCUUCCACAGGCACAUGCGUCAGCACAACACGAGGAAACCGAACACCCACACAUGCCCGCUAUGUGAGGAUCAGUUCUCAGGGCUGCAGGCUCUUCAGCGACACAGAUGCUGUGCGCUGAAGAAGACAUUUGUUUGCUCGCUUUGCCCAGAGACCUUUGAGUGCAGACAAAGUUUGGCUGAACACGAGAAUCUCCAUUCGGGAGACAGAGAUUUUGUCUGCGAAGUGUGCGGUGAGAGCUUCUUCUCAUCCUCGUCUUUGUCCACUCACCGAUUCACUCACAUGCAGAAGGAGAACUGCUGCGACGAGCUCGGUCUCGGCUGCAGCGACAUGAGCGUCCUCAGGAACCACCUCAGCAAACACACCGGAGAAAAGCUGUUCACCUGUGAGGUCUGCGGCAAAGGCUGCAGCCACAAGAGCGCCCUGAUGCACCACAUGCUGACCCACACCGGAGAAAGACCGUACAUCUGCGAGACCUGCGGGAAACGCUGCAGCCAUGCCAGCGCCCUCCAGAACCACAUGAGGAUCCACACCGGGAAGAAACCGGGACAGCAGCCGGUCUGCGACGUCUGCGGCAAGAAGUUCAGCUGCAUGGUUAAGCUCAAAUACCACAUGAACACCCACACGGGGGAAAAACCGUACGCCUGUGAUCAGUGUGAGAAGAAGUUCACCAACCCCAGCAAUCUGAAGCAGCACAUGGUGAUUCACUCGGGGGAGAAGAGGUACGGCUGCAACAUCUGUGGCAGGAGGUUCACUCAGUCCAGCAGCCUUAAACUCCACAGAAGGGUUCACACGGGAGAAAAACCGUAUCACUGCGAGGUCUGUGGGAAAGAAUUCAUACACAGGAGUGACUUCAGGAAUCAUCAGAAGAAUCACCCUCCAGAGAAGGAGGGAGAUGGACAGACUGAGAAAAUCUGAAAUCUCUGCUGUAUGGUUGUUUCUGUACAGAGUGGGGAUAUAGAUUAUGUUUACAAACACUGGAACUGAAACAGGGAAAUACUGUGAGAGAAAUAAAAGUUUGCCAAAGAUUUUAAAAUUCA